UCCACCACGGAGGAGUACGGUACGAGACAAGCUAGAGUGGAGGUAGUGUGGCCGACUGCGAUCCGUCGUCGUCGUCGUAGUCGCCGUCGUGUAGGACAUACGUAGUGAAUCGCGCGCGUCGGUGGACGAGAGUCGUAGCGUGUAGGCAUGACAUGAAAUGUCCCGUGACCCGUACGUGGGGGGUGCCCGUUCCCCAGGUCGGGGCGUGAGGCUCCCGACCGUGGAUCGGUCCCCCAGCCGCAGCGGCUACGGAGGAGGCGGCGGGGGCGCAAGUCCCCUAGGAGGGCGAAAGCCGCUGCGACAAACUCGCUCAGGAAAUAACUCCCCCACGGAGCACUACGGCUCCUACCAUCCUGCGGCACCGUCCGCGGUGCCGUAUUAUCGGCCUGGAGACGAAGAUCUCGGGAGUCCGAUGCUGGAAGAGAGAGGACGACCGCUGGCUGCUGGAGUCGGCCACCACCACCGAUCCAGAAGUGCCACGAGGCCUUCGAAUCCUAUGUCGGUUCGUUAUCAGUCUCUGGACCGUGGACCUACAGUGAUAGACCACGAACGCGAGUUCAUACCGAUCAGGGAUCACCGCAGGGAUCGUUCCUUGGACCGGAGUCUGUAUUACGACGACCUCGACCCACCCUACUCCUCCCGCUCUGCCAGACAGUCGCCCACGGCCCAUCAGCCUUUUAUUGGAGAACUGCAAAGUCAAAACUCGGACCUCCAACGAGAAUUAGGAAAUCUGAAGAAGGAAUUAGAAUUAACCAAUCAAAAACUCGGUUCAUCCAUGCAUUCCAUAAAAACGUUCUGGAGUCCCGAACUGAAGAAGGAGAGAGCGCUUCGAAAAGAAGAAUCUGCCAAAUACAGCAUGAUAAACGACCAGUUAAAACUGUUGAGCAGUGAGAAUCAGAAACAAGCAAUGUUGGUCAGGCAGCUGGAAGAGGAACUUCGAAUGAGAAUGCGUGGGCCGAGUGUUGAAAUGCAGCAACAAAUGGAAGCUUUAUAUCAGGAAAAUGAACACCUAACGCGAGAAAUAACUAUUCUGAGGGAUACCAUCAAGGUGGUGCGUCAGGAGUUGGAGCUCCGAAUCGAAACGCAGAAGCAGACUCUGCAAGCCCGAGAUGAGAGCAUUAAAAAGCUUCUGGAAAUGUUGCAAAACAAAGGCAUGGGUAAAGAGGAAGAGCGACAAAUGUUCCAGCAAAUGCAAGCGAUGGCCCAAAAACAGCAUGGAAUGUCACCUGUUGUUUUGUCUGUGUGAAUGUUGGUGGUAAAACGGCCAUUUAGACAACCCUUAGAGCAAGCGGAGGGUCUAAUAUACACAAUCCACCCGAUGCAUAACAAGUAUAGUAUAUUUAAAAAAAAUAUAUAUGUCCUAUUAAUGUGCAUACCGUCAUUUCCACUGCUACUUCCUAAAAUUUCAAAUUCCUCGAUGAGCCAUAAUUCAACUGACGAAUAAACAUUGCAAUUACAUUUUGUCUUUUGAAUGAAUAAACAUCAAAAUUGGCGGUGGAACGAGUUCAUUCCCACUUGGCAUUUAU